GAAUAACAACAAACCAAAACGCGCAAUGGCCUUCGAGUGCCUCCGAAAAACCGUUCCAGUCGGUGGUAAAAACGACCCGGUUUGUCCUAAUACCAUUUUGCUCCUAAAAGACAAACCCCUUACAUUUGGUAGGGUGAUUUCAACUGAGACAAAUGUCCGUCUCUUAUCAAAACAAACUCCGCUAAUGGUCUCUCGUAAGCAUGCGACAGUAGCGUAUUCGGCGGGUGAAUGGACCAUAGUUGAUCAUGAGAGUCUAAAUGGUGUUUUUAUCAACGGGCGCAAGAUACCUGUAAACUCGCCAGAGCCUUUAAGCAUUGGAGAUAAAAUAACGUUAGGUGUUGCUGUCAAUUCAGGACAUCCUGAGUUUGAAUACGUCUUGGAAAGUAUGUCAAAACCUAAGAAAAGGCAGGCUGAACCCAGCACAGCUAGUGAGGCUAUACCUAACAAGCAACGCAAGGUUUUAUCUGAAAGCGACCGGAGUAAUGUGCAUAGGGAAACUCCAAGUUGUAGUCAUGAUGAAAAAAUCAAAGCUGCAGAACAGAAAAUCAAGAUACUGAAUAAUAACUUGGAGGAAAAAGAAAAGGUUUAUGAAAAAGUUCUAGAGGAGCUAAAAAGAAAAGAAUCUGUAAUGGAAAGUGAACUUUUGCGUCAGAAAGCUUCUUUAGAAAACGAAAAAGAGGAUCUAGAAAGGAGCCUAAAAGAACUUCUUGAAAAGUCUCCCAAGGAAAAGGAAGAGAUGCUAAGUGAAGAGCUAGAGACUCAGAAGGAGUUACUUAUAAAGGAAAAGCACAAAGUCGAGGAAAAACUUCAGAAUGAGCUAAACCAGAAACUGGAACUUAAAGAUAAAGAACUAGAAGAGAAACUUUUGGCCCAAAAGGCAGAUCUUGAGAAAGUCAUAGCUGAGAAGGAAGCUCAACAGAAAGAGCUCCAGCAGGAGCUCAGCAUUCACAAGAGUGCAACGGAAAAACUAAAAGAUCUUGAGGAAAAUGAAAAGAGACUAGUCACUAGCGUGCAAGAGCUACAAAGCUUGAUGGAAAAAAAAGAUCGAGAACUACUGAAGCAAAUGGAAGUUACCAAGAAAGCAGAGGAGGAAGCGAGGAAAUCUGUGGUCGAGGAAAUGGAGGACGAAUUUAGCUGCAUCGUUUGUCAAGAGCUCUUUAUUCGCGCUACCACUCUCACUUGUUCACACUCUUUUUGCGAAUAUUGUCUACAGUCGUGGUUGCGAAAACGGAACACAUGUCCUAUUUGCCGUUGUGCUGUCCAAAGCCAGCCAGUCCGCUCCAUCGUUCUUGACAAUGCCAUAGCUAAGAUGGUGGAUUCGAUGGAUGUGGCGUCCAAAGAGCGGCGGCGGGCGGUUAUGGAGGAACGGGCAGAGAAGAGUAGAGAGUUAGCUCAAUCUUCAGGAUCCCAGAGAACCCCGAUCGUGUUGAAUGAAGAACCCGAAAGGCGGCACGUGAGAGUCAACAACGAGGUUGACGUUUGGGUUGAGCCUCGUCGUAUCCACAACUCUUACUUGCGUGGCAAUAACUCCAGGCAUAACGAGGUGUACGAACGAGUGACGCACUACCAUGACUACAGGAACCAGUACUCGCACAGGCCUCCGGCGUACGGGAACAGAUACACCGGACUCUGCUUUCACUGUGGGAUGCGAGGGCACUGGGCAAGAAGCUGCCCAUAUCGGCGAUGACCGGUAGAACAGCACAGGCACCCUAGUGUAAAUAGCGCAAUUUGGUCUUAUUGGCCGUGGUCGUCUUUAGAACAGUACAUAAUCGAGUUUCUUGGAAUCGAGAAUGCCCAUUGCGUAGGCAUGUUUCCAUGGGGGAGGGGGUGCAUAAGCAAGGGUCAGUAAAUAAAGAGUGCUCAGGCGCAAAGGUAUGUUCCUCUUGGGGGAGGGGGUACAUAAAGAGUGCUCAGGUGCGUAGCCGUUGUUCCCCUUGGGGGAGGGGGUUGCAUAAAGAGUGCUCAGGCGCGUAGUCAGGUUUCCUC